CGAGCGGAGGCGCCGAGCUGAAAAUCUUAAAGUUGUGAUCGGUGAAAGAAAGAUCCGGACUAUGAAAGAGCGCAGUGGCUCAAACCUGCCGCAUGGUGCUGAGACGAAGCAUGCCGAAGAGUUUUCUCUCUUUCCAAUAAAGUUAUUAUUUUUGCUUCUUAACCUGCUUUGCAUUCAGAGCGGCUCUGGUCUCGUUUUCAGUCGCACUGGCAGCUGAGUGCUGACAUUUUUUUUUUAAAACCAUUUUUGAAGACAUUUACGAAACUUCUCUAUAAUCUACAAGGCGUUGAGAAACACAAGGAAAAACAAGGCGCCUGGAACUUUUUUGGCGUCUCCACGCGCUUUUACGCACGCGUUCCACGGACACACGUUGUAACUGUGAAGUAUUUUAUUUUAUUUUUCACCAGCAGGAUUUUAAGAGUUUUAUUGAAUGGUUAUGGUGGCGAACAACCCAGACUUGCCGCCCAUCGACUGUACCGACUCCUGUGAGAUGGAGGCGGACGCGGACGCCUCGCGGACACCGGGAUCCCCGCACGCGACCGGGGACGUGGCGUGGUGCAAGACGCCCACCGGCCACAUCAAGCGGCCUAUGAAUGCGUUCAUGGUGUGGUCGCAGAUCGAGCGGCGCAAGAUCAUGGAGCAGUCUCCUGACAUGCACAACGCAGAGAUCUCCAAACGGCUGGGAAAGCGCUGGAAGCUCCUGCGAGAUUGCGAUAAGAUUCCGUUCAUCCGCGAGGCCGAGCGUCUCCGGCUCAAACACAUGGCAGACUAUCCGGACUACAAGUACCGGCCGAGGAAAAAGGUCAAGACGUCCGCUAGUGCGUGCAAAGCUGGAGGGGAAAAAGGGGACAAAGGGGUUACCGGUGGCGGGAAGUCAUCAUCCAAAAAAAGCCACGGCUCUAAUAAAGCUUCUGGCAGGACGCACAAGAAGUCUAGCGCUCUGGAAGCCGUCAGUGAUGCGCUCUAUAAACCGAGGGCAACGUCUUCUGCAAAGCAGAUACCGGACAAGCCGGUGAAGCGCGCUCACUCCGGCUCAGAAAGCCUCGCCCCCUCCGCCGCUGUGCCCGCGAGCCCGACACUGAGCAGCUCGGCUGAGUGCGGUGAGCCACCGAGCCUCUACGAUGACGCGGGUACGCGCUUCAAACACGCGCGCGCCUCAUCUCCGACCCCGUCCGCCUCGCACUCCUCCUCAUCCUCCUCUUCGCAUUCCUCGGAUGAAGAGUUUGAAGACGACCCGCUGGACUUCGACCCCAGUCCAGGUGGCUUUAGCGGCGGAUUCGGUAGUGACACGUGCCUGGACCGAGAUUUGGACUUCGGGUUCGAGUCGGGCUCCGGCUCACACUUUGAGUUCCCGGACUACUGCACGCCAGAGGUGAGCGAGAUGAUCUCGGGUGACUGGCUCGAGUCCACCAUCUCUAACCUGGUGUUCACGUAUUGAGCGCAGAUUUUAAGACUUGGCGUUGAGAACAACAACAAAAAAUUUUUUUCACGCGUCCUGCAAGGCGACGCGACUGAACGACGCGACUGAACGACGCGAUUCCCACCUGUUUCAUAUUAAAACGCUGUGGGCUCUCACACGCAGAUGAAAAACAUAAUUACAGAAAAAGGACAGGAAAGAAAAGCAGGAUGCUAGAAGUUGUAAGUGCGAGCAGGAAGAGCUCGUAAGUUGCACAGAGACUUGUGGAGGCUGAGAUUAAGUGUCGUUAAGCUGGUCGCUGAUGGACAUUAGUUUAGUGACUAAACCGGGCUCUGAAAUGAACUCAAUCGCAUGAUCAGUACGGUCUGCCUGUGAAGUGCGAGCCGUAGAGGGUUUUUAAGAAAAAGAAGAAGAUAAAAAAACAAAAAAAAACAAAAC